UAAAAGCAGUGACAAAACCACGGUGAGGUUGAGUUCCUUUCACUUUCAAUGUCGAAGUGCCGCCGAAGGAAGCACUAGCAGUCUGGGAGAUGACAUACGGUUUUAUUUGCUUUCGGCGGAAGGAAACACUAGGCUGGAGUUGGGGAGCAGCAGGCGAGCCUGUUAGCUGCUGGGGUAGACACGGUGAGGUGUCUCUUGCAGCACAACACCUUGGCCAGAGCCCGAGGAGCUUGAGCACCCGCCUAGGAAGAAUCUCAGGAGGGUCGGCCAGGUUGCCCGCCCGCAAGGAGGAUGGUCCUUUCGUUCCUGGCCAGCUACUCUCUGCCUGGGUUGAUCUGCAUUUUUUCUCUGCAUGUCCAUCAGCUGCAAUCAGCUCCAUUCAGGGUGAUUGCACCAGCACACUCUGUGGCGGCUGCCGUGGGACAGGAUGUGGUGCUGCCCUGCCACCUCACACCAGAGCAGAGCGCCCGGGCCAUGGAGGUGACCUGGUUUCGGGGACACUUCUCGCCCUACGUGCACCGCUACAAGGCAGGAACGGACCAGCAUGGUGAUCAGAUGUCACAGUACCAAGGGCGGACUGAGCUGCAGCGGGAUGGUCUCGACAACGGCAGCGUGGCCCUGAAGAUCUUCAGUGUCCGCCUGUCUGACGAAGGGAAAUACACCUGCUUCAUUCGUGCUGAUUCAGACUAUGAGGAAGCUGUCCUGGAGCUGAAGGUGACAGCUGCCGGCUCAGCACCGCUCAUCUCACUGGUUGGCUACGAAGCUGGGGGCGUCCGGGUGGCAUGCAGGGGUGAUGGCUGGUACCCCCAGCCCCAGGUGCUGUGGAAGGACCACCAGGGCCGACCGCUGCCAUCUGCCUCCAAAAACGUCACCCGGGACACGAGGGGCCUCUUCAAGGCCGAGAGCACCGUGGUCCUCAGCCAGGCUGCAAACCAGCAGCUGUCCUGUUCGAUCCGCGACGCCCUGCACCACCAUGAGAAGGACUCAGCUUUUUCCAUGGCAGAUCCCUUUUUCCAAAAUGCCCAGCCAUGGAAGAUUGCCCUGAGCCUGGUCGUGGUCACUCUGGUCGUGCUCUUUGUUAUCACCGUUUAUCUAUUUAAAAUUAAAGGAAAACUCGAGGGAAAAAUCGCGACGCAGGUGGAGGAACUGCGGGCCAACGACGCAGAAAUCCAGAAACAAGCCACAGAACUGGUAUGGAGAAGAUAUGUGAUGCCUAUAGAAGAAGUGAAGGUAACUCUGGAUCCAGACACGGCCCAUUGCGACCUUGUCCUGUCUGACGACCGCAAAAGUGUGAAACGAGUCGACAAGCCACAGGAUGUCCCUGACAUCCCUCAGAGGUUUAUGCCCUGGCGCUGUGUGCUGGGCUGCGAAGGCUUCACUUCAGGGAGAUACUACUGGGAGGUGGAGGUAGUGGAUGCAGGAGGAUGGACAGUGGGGGUUUCUAGAGAAGACGUCAGAAGGAAGGGUGAGAUUGAGUUUAAACCAGAGGAGGGCAUCUGGGCAGUGGGGCAGUGGGCAGGUCAAUUCCAAGCUCUCACCUUCCCUGAACGCACUGUAUUUUCCGAGAUCCAGGGUCUCAAACGGAUCCGGGUAUCCCUGGAUUAUGAAGAGGGACGGGUGGCAUUUUUCAGUGUUGAUGAGGAGACUCCAAUCUUCACAUUUCCACUGGUUUCAUUCAAUGGGAUAAGAGUCCACCCGUGGGUCUGGCUGGGUCCCGGGACAUGGCUCAAAAUGUGGCCCUGACAAUGGGAAGGGAGGAAAAGAAGACCUAUUUUUUCAUCAGACCUUAGUACCUCAUAGACUCACAGAAGGAUUUAGAUUGGAAGGAACUUGUGGCGGUCUCUGCUGCCACCUCCUGUUCAGAAUAGGACUAACUACAGGGCCAGGUUAGGUGGUGGUGAAUUUUCAGAAUCUCCAAGGGUGGACAUCCCAGCACCUUGCUGGACCUCUGUCUGGGGGCUGUACUUCUUUCAAGGUGGGGGAAAUGGAGAAUUACUCCCCAAUGCUUGGUCAAAAUUUCCCUAGUUGUGACUGUUGCCUUUCACCCUCACGCUUUACUGUGUGAACAGCAAUACCUUAAAAAGAAUGGCAUGUCUUAAACAGGGAGAAGUUUGUAAAUGCACUUAAUAAAGUUACAACAGUGA